GCUUACGUUGAACUUUUGAAAGAAAUUAUAUUCGAUGAAAACUUUACUGUUGUUAAAUUUUAUAAAAAAAUAGAUUUUCCUUUUGUUCAAAAGACUAAAGCAGAGGAAGUUUUAUACAAAGCGUUGGAGACCGUCGCUUCUGAAGAUAAUGUGAAGGCUCAGAAAUUAUUAGUAAAUUUUAACGAACUUAUCAACUCUAACUCAGUGAAAAUUUAUUGGAAUGGUGUUUAUAUCCGUGAUGAGAAAAAUAAAUCCCAAUAUAUUAGAAAUAUAUUGAAAGAAAAAAGGGAUCAGGAAGCUUGUCAAAUAGAGUCUAAUGUAUUAGAAGAGCACAUUAUUGAAAGCAAUCUUUUGUUAAAAAGAAAACGACAAAAUUCGGGAAAAGGAUUUUCGACUCCUCUGAAUAAGGUCAGAAUUUUUGACACGGGAUUCAAUAGUGAUCUUGGACUUUAUAAUGGAGAAUCGUCCUCAUCAGAUUCUGAGAUUGUACCGAAAUUACUUACAAAUGUCUUUCUCGAGGUAAAAGAUUCUGGUGUUGAUGAUGCUGAUAAUAUUUUAGAAUCUGUGGACAACUAUGAUAAUAACGUGGAUAUCGAUGAACAAAGCAAUCCUGAAGUAUAUCAAAGUCCUAUACUGAAUAAUAAUAUUUUAGAAUCUGUGAAUCACGAAGUACAACAAAUACCUAUUCCUGAGUCCGUGGAUAAUAAUAAACAAAAUGAUAGUUUUCCAAAACGCAAAGUUACAAGAAACAAACCUAAAUAUAUCCAGCAUGAUCUUGCACAAGAAUUGUUAACAAAUUUACAUUUGUGUCCAUUGAAAGGACAUAAAUGGCUCUGGGAAGACAUUGAUAUUAUUAAUCUUUUCAAAGAUAACGAAAAUACUAAAACUAAUGGAAUUUCUGAACAAAUUUCAAAAUUGUAUAUAUUGCGUCAAACUUUGCACAAGAAUUCAGUCCAUGAUUUUCCAAAUCUUAAUUUUAAUAUUCGUUAUGCCUACCAGUUUUUUAAUCACAUGUAUAAUAUUUAUUCAAAUGAUGUGUUAGCACGAUCUCUCACUGAAUCCGAAUAUAAUUCAUAUAUAUGGACUCCACUUUUAUGCUAUGCAUUUAUGGAGAAAGAUGAUAUUCGAUUUUCCAGUGGGGAAGUUUCGUCUGUAGCAUAUGACAAGUUGAAAAAACUUGCUCAAAUUCAAACAAAAAGUAGCCCAAAAAUGGACUCAAGAGCGACUAUCAUGUCAAUUGGUCAAGAAGUAUUAAUUCAGGAGAAUGGAAGAUAUGACAACGCCAAUAAAAGAAAGAAUGAUUUAACAAAAUUGGAAUAUUGCUCAAAGGUGUUACUCACCAGUGCAUAUCUUGCCUUACCAACCGAUGCACGUUCAGAUAUUCAUAGGUUUGAGAUAUACUCGAUCCAAACAAACGCAUCCUAUGUAUUCGAAAACGCAAUAUGCAUGCUUGGUUUAACAGACAUUAUAAUUCCACGAACUGUUGAUGCUUUCCCAAAAUGCGUUGAAGCGGUGUGUAAAGUGCUAUCAUGGAAG